GCGGUUCUCGCGAGGACGCUCGGAGCGCUCCGCUCUUUCCCGAGGCGGACUGCUCACGUGAUGAGUUCUGGUCCAAUCGGCGAGUGGACCGCGGGGGUCGCCGUGGUUCCCGCCAAAUACGAGCGCUGCGGCCGCGGCGGCAGCAGCAGCGGCGCGAGCGGGAGGCCGAGAGCGCAGCGCGGCCUGACGGGAGUUCGAGCCGCCGCCGCCGCCAUGCUGGACGAGCCCGAGGCCGCGGCGCCGCGGGCCGCAGCUGUGGACUGCAGAGACAGGCGGGCCUUUGCUGGAAAGAAGUUGAUACAAGCCCGCCUGCCCUUCAAGCGCCUGAACGGCCCCAAGGAGAAAGCUGAGGACAGGCAGCCACCCUAUACUUCCUUGGAAGACAAAGUCCCUGGUUUAGAACCCUCUUUGGACAAUUUGGAGCACACCUGUCACACGGCUUCCAAUCUGGGCUUGAGUCCAAAGCUGGUGAAUGGCCGAGGCCCAAUGGACAGCUUCCUGGGCAGCAGGAUGAAGGCAGGCCAGGGUGUGGUCAUCAUCGACCUGACUGAAGACUCCAGUGACCUUCCUGAUAGCCCUGCCACCUUGCUGGCCCAGGCUACCAUCAAUGGAGUCAGCUUGGGACCCACAGAGCAGCAGGGGCCAGCCUGGGUGAAGGACUCCAGUGAGGAGCUGGCGUGCCCCCCAGAGACACUGCCAGAUAUUGCAUGUCCUACGGAGGACAAGCCCCAUGGCCUGGGAGGCCCAGGGAGGCCCAGUGGCUGCAAGGCAGGCUCCCCACAGAGCUGUCCUGAACCCACCACUGGCCCAAGGCUGUGCCCUCAAACCAAUGAGGAUGGCUGGAGUGAGGCGGGGGGCAUCCUGUUCAAGGAGAAAGUGCCUGUGGUGCUCCUGCAGGACGUCCUGGCCUCCAAGCUGCCCCACACCCCCUCUCCUCCUUCAAUGCCCCUGGACAAGAGCACCACCUCGGAGAGCGAGCUGUUGGAAUCCUGUCCUGAGGAUGACUCCAUGGCCAGCCAGUCCAGUCUUAGCUCGGCCUCUUCCAGCAGCUCACCUGAGGUGCCGGCAGCUGCCCCCCCACAGCACCACCAGAGCAGCCCCCCUUGCACACCCAUCUGCAAAAUACCCAAGAGGCCAGUGAAGAGCUCCACGGAAAAGAGCAAGACAAAACUGCAAAGAGACCGGGAGCAGCUGAGGGAGGAGAAGGAGAAGCUGAGGGAGGAGGCGCGACGGGCCAGGGAGGAGGCACGUAGGAAGAAGGAGGAGGAGAAGGAGCUGAAGGAGAAGGAGCGGCGGGAGAAGCGGGAGAAGGAGGAGAAGGAAAAAGCUGAGAAGCAGAGGCUCAAGGAGGAGCGGCGCAAGGAGAGGCAGGAAGCCCUCGAGGCUAAGCUAGAGGAGAAGAGGAAGAAGGAGGAGGAAAAGCGGCUACGGGAAGAGGAGAAGCGCAUUAAGGCAGAGAAGGCCGAAAUAACCAGAUUCUUCCAGAAACCAAAGACUCCGCAGGCUCCCAAGACCCUGGCUGGCUCGUGUGGCAAGUUUGCUCCCUUUGAAAUUAAGGAGCACAUGGUGUUGGCCCCGCGGUGCCGCGCUACCCUGGACCAGGACCUGUGCACACAGCUGGACCAGCUCUUGCAGCAGCAGGGUGGGAAUGUAUCUUUCCUCAGCGACCUCAAGGCCAGGCGGCCACUCACAUCUGGACCUACUCGUAGUCGCAGCUGUGACACAGGCAUCAUCAACAGGGAUGUGUUGAUCUUGGACAGCAGCGAGGUUGAUGGUGUGCCUGAGAGGAGGAAGUUUGGCCGCAUGAAGCUCCUGCAGUUCUCAGAGAACCACCGACCAGCAUACUGGGGCACAUGGAAUAAAAAAACAGCAGUCAUCCGGGCUAGAGACCCCUGGGCCCAGGACAAGAACUUUCUGGACUAUGAGGUGGACAGUGACGAGGAGUGGGAAGAGGAGGAACCUGGGGAGUCCCUGUCUCACAGUGAGGGGGAUGAAGAUGAUGAUGUAGGGGAGGACGAGGAUGAGGAUGACGGCUUUUUUGUCCCUCACGGGUACCUGUCUGAGGACGAGGGUGUGAUUGAGGAGUGCACAGACCCCGAGAACCAGAAGGUACGGCAGAAGCUGAAAGCUGAGGAGUGGGACGAGCUGCUGGCCAAGGGCAAGCGCUUCCGCGUGCUGCAGCCUGUGCAGGUCGGCUGCGUGUGGGCGGCUGAGGCAGCCAGCGCAGGUGCUGACCUCAGGCUGCUGCAGCAGUUUAGCGCCUGCCUGCUGGACACCACGCCACCCGAUGAGGAGACGGUGCCCAAGGCCUCCAGGCGGGAGAAGAGGGACCAGCAGAUCCUGGCUCAGCUGCUGCCGCUGCUGCAUGGCAAUGUGAACGGGAGCAAGGUGAUCAUCCGAGAGUUCCAGGAGCACUACCGCCGCGGGCUGCUGAACCCACAGGAGCCUACUGGCCCCCCAAGCCCCUUGUCCAGCCCGCAGUCUCCCGAGGCCGCAGUGCCAUCCAAGGCCAGGCUCAAACGCCUCAUCUCUGAGAACUCUGCCUAUGAGAAGCGGCCCGACUUCCGCAUGUGCUGGUAUGUGCACCCCCAGGUGCUCAGGAGCUUCGGCCAGGAGUGCCUGCCUGUGCCCUGCCAGUGGACCUACGUCACCACUACGCCUGUGCUCCGGGAGGAUAGUGGCGUUCCUGCUGCGGGGUCUAGCCAGGGCACACCCGUACUAAAGCGCAAGCCCGGCGGCUCCAUGUGCAUCACACAGUUCAUGAAGAAGCGCCGACAUGACGGACAGGCUGUCACUGAAGAUGUGGAUGGUUUCCAGGCAGACACGGAAGAGGAGGACGACGACGAUGACUGUAUGAUUGUGGAUGGACCAGACGUUGGGGAUGUCCUCGAACCCUGCGGAGCCACAGGUGUGGUGAGGAUGGGUGUCGGUGACAGCUCACAGCCCACCAGCCUGCUGGGAACCUCCUGAGCAUCAACUGCCAUUUCCCGUGUAAAGAGCACUUUGUCCACUUCACAGGCCCUGGGUCUGGGUUAGAGAGGACACCCUGAGUCCUUCCUGGGGAAAGCUCCGCACAGCUGUGUGCUCAUCCCCUUAAUAAGGCAUUAUCCACACCUGACUGACAGACCUGCUCCACCUCAGUCAGGAGCAGUUGCUGGGGUCAAACUCUUGUUAAUGAAUUAAAGUUCUACAGAUGCCCACGGCCGUGCGGUGGGCCCUGGACAAAUGUGAGCAUGUAUAAACCUA